AUGCACACGUUGAUCAUGUCUUCAUCGUGCCCUUCUUUGCCGCUGAUCGGCUUCAACUCGAUGGUGCUGUACGCGGUGCGGAGAAGUCGGAGAAUGCACGUGUCGCAACACAUCUACGAGAACCUGGAGAUACUGGCUCGAAGUCCGCGUCUCACUCAGCAAUUUUUUGGUGAUCAUCAACGCCUCCGUGAACAUUUGCAUCUACAUGCUGUUCUCGGAAAAUACCGGUUGUUGCUGCGACACUAUCUGUGCUGCGACUGGAGUCGACAGGGCGAGAUGCUGCUCAACUCCGUCAUGGCA